UUACUAUAAAUUAGGUCCUCCGAACUCAGGUCUUCGCUAGCUAGUCAUCGUGUAUUUCUUUUUCUAUUUUCCGCCAUAAUCACUGUCUCUCAAAUCAAAUCUCUUUGGAUUGGCUUUGGUGGUGGUGGGCUUCACUUGUUCUAUCUUCAUCGGCUUUCAGGGAAGACCAUGGCAUCAGUGAAAAACAAGAAAAAAACUAAUAAUGCUUCUGAAUCUAUCCCAAAAGUGGCGCUCUCUGACAAGAAAACUCCAAAAUCUCUUAAGCCCGAACCUAAGAUUGUGAAGAAAUCUGUAAAUCAGAACUCUGCACUGACGAAGGACACAAAAAUCAAUGCUGCUGAAUCUAUCCCGAAAGUGAUGCUCUCUGACAAGAAAACUCCAAAGUCUCUAAAGCCUGAACGUAAAAUUGUGAAGAAAUCUGCAAAUCAGUACUCUGCACUGACAAAGGAAACAAAAAUUAAUGAUGCUGAAUCUAUCCCAAAAGUGAUACUCUCUGACGAGAAUACUCCAAAGUCUUUGAAGCCCAAACCUAAAAUUGUGAAGAAGCCUGUAAACCAGAACUCUGCACAGACAAAGGAAACAAAAAUUACUUCACAAGUUCAAGCCAGAAACAAGGAUCAAAAGAAAACUACAGGAGGAGGAACACGAGAAAGCUUUGAUAGUGAAAAAGAUGGCAGAAGGAAUAUCAAUUUAGUUCAUGAUAACAGAAAGAAGAAAAUUACCAAUGAAAAGCUUGAAGAAAGAAGCCGGUUGAAUGAAAAGGCUGAUGAAGAUCUUGGUGGAGUUAUUUUCAUGUGUAACUCAAAAACCAAACCUGACUGUUUUCAGUAUCUUGUCAUGGGCGUCCCAACCAACAAGCAGGAGCUUGUGAUGCGCAUCCAACCUGGGCUGAAGCUUUUCCUGUAUGAUUUUGAUCUCAAGCUUUUGUAUGGAAUAUACAAGGCAUCUUCUACUGGUGGCAUGAAACUUGAACCAGCUGCUUUUGGUGGGGCCUUCCCUGUUCAGGUCCGCUUCAAGGUUCACAAGGACUGCCUUCCACUUCCCGAGGAUAUAUUUAGGAAGGCAAUCAAGGAGAACUACAAUGAGAAAACACUCAAGUUUAAGACUGAGUUAACCGUCCAGCAGGUAAAGAAACUGACAGAUCUGUUCCGGCCAGCCCCAUUGUUGCAUUCAAAUGCACAAUCUUCUGUGAAAGAACUGCAGAUUCGUCCCUCACUAGCAGCACCUACAGUGGACGAGGAAGCUCACUUUCAACAAUUUUACAGAAAUCAAACGAACCAGCUUCCUAGGCACCCCAUCUCACCUGGUGGUGAUGUGGCUUCUCCUGAUCCACUUUUUCUCACUGAGAAAGAAUAUCGAAGUUAUGGUCUUCGACGGGAAAGGCAUAUGCUGACAAUUCCUACAGCUCCUAUUUCGUGGACUUUCGAUGCAUACAAAACUGACGGAGAAAAAGAGCAACUUCAGAGGAACCCUGUUUCUGUAAGUGAAGAUGCAAGAAGGAAUGAAGUUGCGCAUCACGAUCCGCUUUUUCAAGAUGCAAGAAGGAAGGAAGUUGCUUAUAAUGAUCCGCUUUUUCUUAGUGAAAAGGAAUAUCGAGCUUAUGGCCUUAGGCGAGAAGCACCUGCUGCAGUGACUCCUCCUCCCAAAGAAACUGCUUCUACUGCUUUAGACAGCUAUCCAAACGAUCCAUAUUAUCCAUAUAACUAUGGCAGUAGCUCAAUGGCAGAUCGGUAUCUUCCGCUGCCAAGGACAGUGACAGCUCCUUCAGAAUCUUAUUAUUCUCUGACAACAGAAGAGCCCCGUGGGAAUGACUUCACAUACAUGGAGAGUGGCACCAGAAGCUACCGAGGAAGAGUGGUUCCCAAUGAUACAGAAAGAUUAUAUUCAUCAUCAUAUGCUGCACAUUCUCUAUCAGACUACAAUCAGAAAUACCAGCACUUGGGGGGUGAACCCGAAUUUACGAAUACAUCAGUUUCAUCUCGAUAUUCCUUUGCAGCCCCUUCUGUGUUGUACCGUUGAGACGAUGUUUGCUUUCAUUCCUUUGUUAUCUGCUUCAUGCAUUUUAAGGUUAUGAUCUUUGAGGUGUAUGGGCUCCACCUGGGAACUUUUAGUGGGUAAAGCCAAGUUUCUGUCAAUGUUGUACAUUAGGUAUUUUUUUCUGGUUCAAUUUGUGUUUUAGUCUGUUUUACCUUUUCUUGGAAUACUUUCUGAGAGUGGGGAAGAAACUCUAGUAAGGAUAAAACUAAAAUGAUGUUUGUAGAUUCUAUUAGAUUUAUCUUAAUCUCACUAGUGAGAUCUGAAUUAGCUGGUGGUGCAAA